UUUACUUUGGAAUUGCUUGCUCAAGGAGAUAUUACAAUACGUUAUCAGCACGAGUCUCUAGCCAAUUGAGUGAAUACGGAGAUAGACCAUAAGAAAAAAUCGUGUUUUUCUUGUAAGUUUGAAUAUGUCUGAUAUCAACAAAAGAGAAUUCACCGAGCUUGCUCUUGAUGGUGGUAACUAUUUGACUUGGGCUUUGGAUGUUGAAAUAUACCUCGCCUCAUGUGAUUUAAGUGACGCUAUAGUUCCAGAUUCUUCAUGUAGCUCCGCCCAGAAGGCGAAAGCUUUGAUUUUCUUGCGUCAUCAUCUGAAUAAGGACUUAAAAAAUGAGUACCUUACUGAAAAAGACCCUGUUGUCCUAUGGCAAUCCCUGAAGGAUCGCUUUGAUCAACAAAAGGCCAUUAUUCUCCCUCAGGCACAAUAUGAUUGGCUGAAUUUACGCUUUCAGGAUUUCAAGUCCGUGAUUGAGUACAAUUCUACCUUACACCGUAUUGUGUCACAGCUGAAACUAUGUAAGCAAGAAGUUACAGAGAUUGAUUUGAUAGAGAAGACUCUAUCUACUUUUCAUGCCAGUAACCUUGUACUCCAGCAGCAGUACAGGGCCAAGAAUUAUACUAGGCAUUCUGAACUCAUUUCUGCUUUACUUGUAGCAGAGAAACAUAAUCAGCUUUUGAUGAGAAACCACAAUGCAAGACCAGUUGGUUCACAAGCAGUGCCUGGAGCACAUGCUACCACUUAUAGAGGUGGUCGAGGGAGAGGCCGAGGAAAAGCGAAUUGGUCACAACGUGGUGGAAGAGGUUGGUCCUAUAGAGGAGGUCGAGGUCGAGGAUACAAUCAUGUUGCUAAAUUCCAAAGUCAUUGA